AUGAAGAUAGACAUAGAAAAGGGGAAAGCUCCAAUUCGGGAAACGGCUAUCGGCCACAGGAAUAGAAGGCCCCCUCUGGUUAAGGAUUUAAGGGAAAUAUACCAUAUAAAACAAAUAAUGGUCGCAAUGGAAAAUCAGCACAUUAAAAGUAGGUCAAUAAAUUUUAUAAAUGAAACGUUGGAAUUUUUAGUGGAUACAGGUAGCAGCGUAGAUAUAAUUCGUUUAUCCGCAUUAACGGCGGAUACGAAGUUAGUACCAGGUGAAGCGAUUUCUUUAAGAGAAAUAAGUAUUACGUUAGAAACCACCAUAUGUAUAGUAGAGAUACCAAUAGAAAUAGGUACAGAAAUAUUCGAAAAUAUAAAAUUUUAUAUAGUUAAAAACGAUAUGCCACUCAUUAAAGCAGGUAUAUUAGGUAGACCAUUUUUCCAGUUACAAAACACUACAAUAAAUAUGCCAUACGGAUGUAGCACAAACACGUUAACAUUAGGGAAUCAUAUAAGAAUACCUUCGCGAGUAGAAUAUAUAAUGGCAGUAGGUGUUGACACUGGGACGGUUAAGGAUAAUGAGGCAAUAACUAUUCAUCAGGGAGAGCUACAGGAAUAA